GGGGGGCGGUGAAGGUUGUGAGGGAAGCUCGGAGGCUGACGCCGACUGCGCCUUUGGUGCCGAGUGAAGCGCUCACCUGCACACCAGAGUCGCGCAAACUCCGGAGCUGCUCCACUCCCACAAAAACGGAACCUUCCAGCCAUAGUCUGACCCAAAAGAGAAAAGGACAAGGAAACGUCACACAAUUUGGGGGAGAAGAUUUUAGGGCUCUCCCUUUUGUCUUUGUGGUUGCUCGCCCAGGCUGCCGUGGCUGUCGCUUGCUUCGUCCGCCGCGAUGAGGACUGACCUGGCUCUGUUCCUGACAGCAGCCCUUCUUCUUGACACAUUCCGGGUGAAUAAUGGCCAGCAUUCACCUAAAGGUCCUUGUCAACCUGGCUUCUCUCAAAGCUUCUAUUCUGUCUUGAUUCCAAAGGAUACGCUACAAGGCCAGCCCAUACAUAAAGGCGCCAGUGUGUCAUCACAGACAGUAAACUUUGAUGACUGCAUGGGGAACAAAGCGGUGGUUUUCAAGAGCAGCGAUCCCAACUUCAGUGUGCGCACAGAUGGGUCCAUCUUUGCUCAGGGAGAUGGAGCUUCUUUGGCUGAGCCAAUCCAGUUUAAACUAACAGCAAGCGGUCCACAUUCUCACCUCUGGAAGACUGUGAUCCAGCUGGCACUGGUAGACGCCCCUGCACCUCAACAAAAUGAGCAUGAGGUCACAACCAAAGAGGCGACGGUUGCUGAGAGGAAAGAGACGAAGGAAGCAUUCCAAGCCCCACCUCCUGUCAUCAUGUUCUCCGGGGUCGGCCGGAACACCUCCAAGGGUCUCCGAAGGCAAAAGCGAGACUGGGUGAUCCCACCAAUCAAUGUUGCUGAAAAUUCUCGAGGACCGUUCCCUCAGAUGCUCGUUAGUAUUCGUUCAGACCAGGACCAGGAUAUCUCCAUCCGAUACAGCAUCACUGGGGUGGGAGCAGAUCAGCCACCUAACGAGGUCUUCAACAUUGAGCCUGUGCUUGGAAAGAUGUUUGUUACCAAACCUCUGGAUCGAGAACAUCGGUCAUCUUACCACCUCCGAGCACAUGCUGUGGACAUGAAUGGAAACAAAGUGGAGAACCCCAUUGAUCUGUAUAUCUUCGUGAUCGACAUGAACGACAACAGACCGGAGUUCAAAAACCAAGUCUACAAUGGCUCCGUGGAUGAAGGCUCAAAACCAGGAACCUAUGUCAUGCACCUGUCUGCCUUUGAUGCUGACGACAACACAACGGCCAACGGAAUGGUGCGCUAUCGAAUACUGUCCCAGAAACCACACAGUCCCAUCCCAAACAUGUUCACCAUCAAUAGUGAGACGGGGGAUAUUGUGACUGUGGCGCCUGGGCUCGAUCGAGAGAAAGUGUCCCAGUACACUAUAAUCGUUCAAGCCACGGACAUGGAGGGCAACCUGAAUUUUGGUCUUUCCAACACGGCCACCGCCAUUAUCACGGUCACCGACAUAAACGACAACCCCCCCAUGCUGACCUCCAGAACGUUUUCCGGUGAGGUUCCUGAGAACCGGGUGGAUGUUGUGGUGGCUAACCUGACAGUGAUAGAUGCCGACCAACCGCAUUCCCCCAAUUGGAAUGCUGUUUACAGGAUCAUCAGUGGCGAUCCAUCCGGUCACUUCACCAUUCGCACCGACCCUGUAAGCAACGAUGGCAUGAUAACUGUGGUCAAGGCAGUUGACUUUGAGAUGAACCGAGCCUUCAUGCUGACAGUUGUGGUGUCCAACCAGGCCCAUCUGGCCAGUGGGAUCCAAUCCUCCCUCGAGUCCACGGCGGGUGUAACCAUAUCUGUGCAGGAUGUCAAUGAACCCCCUUACUUCCCCACUAAUCCGAAACACAUCCGAUUUGAGGAGAGUGUUCCAGCUGGCACAAGUCUGACAACCUUUUCAGCCACGGAUCCCGAUCGCCUACAGAUGCAGCAGACAAUCAGGUACUCCAAGCUGAAUGAUCCUGCAGACUGGUUGUCUAUUAACAGAACCAAUGGGCAGAUAGUGACCACGGCGAUCCUCGACAGGGAGUCUGUCCAUGUGAAAAACAACAUAUAUGAAGCCACCUUCCUGGCAACAGAUAACGGCUCUCCUGCAGCCAGUGGCACCGGCACACUGCAGAUCUAUCUGAUAGACAUUAACGACAACCCUCCAGUGCUCAUACCCAGAGAAUCACAGAUCUGUGAGCAGAUGAACAAGAACAUCAACGGCGUCAACAUCACCGCCGCUGAUGCUGACACCGACUCCAACGCUGGGCCUUUUGUCUUUGAGCUGCCGACUUAUCCUUCAAGCAUCAGACGCAACUGGACAAUUACACGUAUCAGUGGCAAUUAUGCCCGCCUUGGUCUGCGAUACCAGGUCUAUUUGGAGCCAGGCAUGUAUGAGGUCCCGAUAACCGUGUCCGACUCGGGAAACCCUACGUUGUCCAACAGGUCUGUCAUCAAAGUAAAAGUGUGUCCCUGCGAUCCGAACGGAGACUGCACUACCGUGGGCGCUGUGGCAGCCGCCGGCCUGGGAACCGGCGCAAUCAUCUCCAUCCUGAUAUGCAUCAUCAUUCUGCUCAGCAUGGUCUUGCUGUUUGUGGUGUGGAUCAAACGCAGAGAGAAGGAGAGGCACACCAAACAGCUGCUCAUUGACCCUGAGGAUGAUGUCAGGGACAACAUACUGAAAUACGAUGAAGAGGGAGGGGGAGAAGAGGACCAGGACUAUGACCUCAGCCAGUUGCAGCAGCCAGACUCUCUGGAGCACAUCAUCAACAAACCACCCGGUGUGCGCAGGGUGGACGAACGACCCGUUAUCGCAGAGUCCCAGUACCCGAUCAGGCCUGUUGUGCCUCACCCCGGCGACAUCGGGGACUUUAUCCAUGAGGGGCUACGAGCAGCUGACAAUGACCCCACUGCGCCCCCUUAUGACUCUCUGCUUGUGUUCGACUAUGAGGGCAGCGGCUCCACCACAGGAUCGGUCAGUUCUCUCAACUCCUCCAGUACGGGGGAGCAGGACUACGACUACCUCAACGAAUGGGGGCCCCGCUUCAAGAAGCUGGCCGACAUGUAUGGAGGGGCGGAAGAGGAUUAAAUCUCACAGGAACACACACACACACUCACAACACCCUCGUCCUGUCCGCUGGCCUGCCGUUUUCUGUCCCGUCAACACCGAUCAAUCAAAUCAGACUCGAAACUCCAGAAGUCUGGCGCUGUUCCACGUUUGGCUGACUCAGAAGCUUUGAAUUGAUGGGUUAUCGUCAUUUUUCAUGUGAACACUCAAGCCCAAUUUUGGCUUCAGUCGUUUCUGUUCGAGUUUUUUGUGUGUGCCUUUUUUCCCUGUGGCUUUUUUAGUUUUACUUUGUUUUUUUUUCACUCCACAACAAGAGUCAUUCCUUGUUCCUGACGGUUUUCACUUUCCACUCACUGUCAGCCCCUGCCUGCCUCCCUGCAGAAGCUGUAAGUUUGAGCAUCUUUGUCUUGGGGGUAGCAGACAAAAAAGAACAAGAACCCUGAUAUGACAGUCCCUCCUGUGUGGUGGUGGCGGGGUGCUGGUUUAUUCUCUCUUGAACUUGAAUUACUUAGAAUAGAAGCACUGUCGUUUCCAAAAAAAAAGUGCCUUCAUUGGUGCAUAUUUUAACAGACUCCCUCUAACUCAGGAUUAGUUUCCAUUUUCCUGACCCUUUAACUCCGACCUUCCCAUUGUCUUAUGGGCUGUGGUAGCUGCGCAAGGUGUGGGUGUUGCUUUCAGCUGAGCUUUCCGACCGGCAAACGAAGGUGCGUUAUGUCGGCACGCAGUACUCUGGCCAGAAUGGACCAAUUCCGCUAAUGUUUCCAUCAUAUAGGUGUGUCCCUGAAAUGGCAGCCGACUUGAAUGUGAUUACAGAAAUCACAGCAAUCCAAGGCGGCACUGUCGUGGAGAAGUGUCUUUGUUUCUUCGUGGCUUCGCUAGCAGCUGUGUUUGUUUUGAGCUCGCUUUGUUCGCACUGAACACGUGACUCGGCCUGUGCCAGAGUCACACGUCCAGUUUUAUGAGGGUCAAUGAAAAAUACUUGGCCUUUUAAGAUUGCAAGGUUUGCAAGUUUAUCAACACACCAAAAAUGAUUACAUUCCGUUUCCUUCUGGUAAAUAAUAAGUAUAAUAUCUAUCUAUAUAGGAAUUCAAUUGCAAUGCCUUUUCAAUACCUUGAUCAUUUCCUUGCUAUUAUUGUUCGUAUUUUGAUUGCGUCGCUGUUGCUUCUUAACAAUGUCUGAAUAUAAAAAUGCUGCUGCUCUCUGAGUUUGAGGGAUUUGAGCCUCAGCCAGGGAUUUUUCAGCUCCUCAAUCUGUCUCUCUUCAGACGCACUUCAACAUUCAUCUGAAAUGUUCCCCUGAUUUUUUUUAGCUGUGAGUUCAAGAGUUUUCAUCAAGAAGUUAGAAUCAGCAAAAGUUUGUUACGAAGCUAUGAAAGACUAUAUCCAAGUUGACUCAUUAAAACGGGCUCUUUCAACAAACAUUUUCAAACAGAACACGUUUCCGUGAGACGAAAUGAAAAAGCAGCUCCACUUAUGGGCUUAUGUCAUCAUAUUUUACACGACUCCAAGGGUAAACUGAAAUAAAGAGCUCUAAUUGUUGUGCUUAAAUUAUUCAAACAUACAACAGGAUCUAGAAGUGAGUGGGUGGAAAACUCUCCUCCGCUUGUGGCUACCUUGGAGCGAGUUCACUGGAUUUACUGUGAAUUGAUGAAUUCCUGGAGGAAAACUUUAAUGAUCCUUCUCCUCCAACAAUUCUCCUUUUGCAAGAAAAGAGAAACUAAAUGGAGCCAGUUUUAUCCACUUGUGAUGAGCGCCAUAACGGAAACAAUCGACCUGCCAAUACAAAUGUCUAUUCAAAGGCAAAAGAAGGUCAUGACAUAAUCACCGAGGUGAACAGGGUCCGAAUCUCCUGUUUCGGAGGCAAACAGGUACAGAUUGCACUUUGCUGUGCAGAACUUGUCAGCGAUGAUUUUCCCGACCGCUGUCGGCUUAAAGUGCAAUCAGACUAGAGGCAAGGAGAGGGACACGUGCUAUCGGAUUAGCUCAUAUCUUUCCGGUUGCUCCUCCACCUCCCCAAUAUCCUCACAAAAUAAACACAGCUGUUACUCUCCACUAUCUGUGAUUUGUGUCUGACACAUAAAUAUUGUAUAUACAGAAGAUUUGGGUUUUUUUUAAUAUACAUUUGUCAACAUGAAUCACGUGUGACCUCAUGGUGUUCUCUCUCUCUCUUCUCUCUCUCUCUCUCUCUCUCUCUCUCUCUCUCUCUCUCUCUCUCUCUCUCUCUCUCUCGCUCUCCCUCUCCUCGGUGAGGUAGAUUUCACCGCCAAAAAGCCAUGGUGAAGAGAACCUGAUCGGUUUUGCGAGCGCUCACACAGCCAUACUUGUCGCCGCUCCACCAAGAGUGAAGCCACCCAUUGUUCUGAACUGACUUGUACAGUCCAAAAGACACACACACACGCGCGCGCACACACACACAAACACACACUCCUCUAGGCCUUAGUGUAUUUAUGAGAGUGCUGUUCCACUGCAAAGCGCGACCAGUCCUGUUGCUGGUUGUGUCGGUCUCAGAGGACAAAGGGACAUUCUUUGACAUGUUUAUUCUCCCUUUGCUGACAUCCAGAUCUAAUUAAGUGACUAACCCAACAGCAAGACAUGUCACGUACACAUAUGUUGACCUUUCAGGUCAAGGCGCUGUUUAUGUUGCAUGUUGAAAAACUGCAAUUAUUCAUGAGUGCCGUCAGGAAAUAUUCCGUUUAAAGGCUUGAAUUGAGUGGAAAACUGGCAAAAGAUGGAAUAACUCCUCUGUGGACAAUUUGUGACGAUAGACACAUCUGAUUCGAGAGCAAGGUUUUGGUUGCCACCACAACCAAGGUGGUUGUUUCCUUGCUCAAGCCCAAAUGUAAAUAAUAUAGUAUUUGCUCGCCAAACAGACCAAGUUUAGCGUAGGACUGGAGCUUUUUGCAUGUAUUUUUUCUGAUGGCCAGAUAUGAGUUCUAUAACAGUAACAACCCAACGUGAACACGUGUCGCAACCCGCAUGACCGAGGGUGCACCUAAAUGGAGUUCUGGCGUACCAUAUCCACAUAGUUUGAGAUGAAACGUUACCAUGAAAAUUGCAAACCUGUCUAAUGUCUAAAAAAAGGAAGAAAAAAAAUGUUUUUGUAAAUUGUCAACAGCACAAGCAUUUUGUAUUGGUGUUUGUACCCAUUUUGUAAAAAAAAAAAAAGAGAGAGGAAAAAGAAAAAAAAACUUUAUGUUGUUUCAAGCGUGUGUUUGUAGUGGCACUGCAAUCUUGGUUUCCAAAUAGAGUACAGUAUACAUGUGCUGCCUUGCAGAUCAACAUUGUAAAAUAGAUGCUGAGCAGCACCUUGUGUUGUAAAUAAACAAAUUCCCCUCCUUAUAAGAACAA